CCCAGCAGCCAUCACACACGCUGGCCUGUGGUGGCACUUGUAUGUGUUUCUAAGUCAAUGAUGAGGGUAUCAGAACCGAUACUGGACAUGGAGAUGGCAAAUUACAGUGAAGUAUUGGACCCAACUUACACAACUUUGGAGUUUGAAACUAUGCAGAUUCUGUAUAAUUCAAAUGAUAGCUCUGCUCCAGAGACAACAAGUAUGAAUACCACAGACAAUGGUGUUAACUGCCUAUGUGCCAUAUGUGGGGACCGAGCGACGGGAAAGCAUUACGGAGCAUCAAGCUGUGAUGGGUGUAAGGGCUUCUUCAGACGCAGCAUACGCAAGAGUCAUGUUUAUUCCUGCAGGUUCAGUCGGCAAUGUGUUGUUGACAAGGACAAAAGGAAUCAAUGCAGAUAUUGUCGAUUAAGAAAGUGUUUCAGAGCAGGAAUGAAAAAAGAAGCUGUGCAAAACGAACGGGAUAGAAUCAGCACCAGAAGAAGCACCUUUGAUGGCAGCAACAUCCCCUCCAUUAACACACUGACUCAAGCAGAAAUUCGGUCUCGCCAGAUCUCAGUCUCCAGCCCCGGCUCAAGCACUGACAUAAACGUUAAGAAGAUUGCAAGUAUCGGUGAUGUCUGUGAGUCCAUGAAGCAACAGCUCCUCGUCUUGGUGGAAUGGGCUAAAUAUAUUCCUGCCUUCUGUGAGUUGCCACUGGAUGACCAGGUGGCACUGUUGAGAGCUCAUGCAGGAGAACAUUUACUGCUUGGAGCUACGAAGAGAUCCAUGGUGUACAAAGAUAUUUUGCUUUUGGGGAACAACUAUGUAAUUCACCGUAACAGCAGUGAAGUUGAGAUCAGUCGUGUGGCCAACCGGGUUCUAGACGAGCUGGUACGACCGUUUCAAGAAAUUCAGAUAGAUGACAACGAAUACGCUUGUUUGAAGGCAAUCGUAUUUUUUGAUCCAGACGCAAAAGGGCUGAGUGAUCCGGUAAAGAUUAAGAACAUGCGGUUCCAAGUGCAGCUCAGUUUGGAGGACUACAUCAAUGACCGGCAGUACGACUCCCGGGGGAGGUUUGGCGAGUUGCUUCUGCUCCUGCCCACACUGCAAAGCAUCACUUGGCAAAUGAUUGAGCAAAUACAGUUCGUGAAGCUUUUUGGGAUGGUUAAAAUCGACAACCUACUUCAAGAAAUGUUACUGGGUGGUGCUUCCAAUGACGCUAGUCAUCUCCAUCAUCCCAUGCAUCCACAUUUGUCUCAAGAUCCAUUAACUGGACAAACUAUACUUUUAGGUCCCAUGUCAACGCUGGUUCAUACGGACCAGAUCUCAACUCCUGAGACCCCGCUCCCUUCCCCACCACAGGGCUCUGGACAAGAACAGUACAAAAUAGCCGUCAACCAAGCUUCGGUGAUUUCACACCAGCCUCUCUCCAAACAAAAGCAAUUGUGAGAGUGUGUUUACUCCUGAAUGGCACUGCGUAAAUGUGAAAACUUGUUGGUCUUGACAUAACUCAGGAUAGUACUUUUGGCAAACUAUGAGCCAAGGCUUCUUUAUGGUGCUGUUGUAAGAUGGGAUCCUAGUUUUUUUUGUUUAUAGGCUCCUUUUGUUUGUUGUCCCUGUUGUUUAAAACUUUCCGGUGCAAGCAGUGUAUAUCUGAAUUUCCACAUGUCUGUAUAGUGUAUUUUUCCAACUUCCCUUGCACUGUCCCUGAACUAGUUGAAUCUUAUGUACUGCUUUCAUUUGUUGUCUUGAUAUUAAUUUAAAUCUGUAAAUAAUUGCUUCAUUGUGAUGUGAUGCAGAACUAAGUGGUCUUUUUUGACCAGAGCAGUAGAUCAGCAACUCCAGAUUAAUGUACAAUGAACCAAGGUUUUUUGUUGUUGUUGUUUUGUUUUUUAUCAAUUUUAAACUUGCCAAUUAGAAAAUUAAAGCAGUUGCUAUACAACAGGAAAUAUUUCUUUGAGGAAGGAUCGCUGUGGGUAUCCUGUGGCUAAAAAGCGUCUUUCUGGCCCACAGUUAAAUAUGUCCAUCUUUAGCUUAGGAAGUCAUAAAAAGCCAUUCCAAGGAUGACUGGCUAUUCCUUAUAAUCUGCCUCUAUUUGAAGAUGUAUCUUGAGAUAAAACAUGUUUGUUUUACCAGCUAGGAUACAGGAUAAAUGGUUUAAGGAAAAAAAAAAAAAGGAAAUCCUUAAAACAGUGGCUCAACCAAGAGAGACAUUGAUUUUCUCUCCUAAAACAAUCUAGAAGUAGUCACCAUUGACUAGAAUUUAGCACAUGUUCACAUCCAGUUCCCAGCAAGGCUGGGAGAGCAGCCUUUAGGUGGCAAGCCUCGAGCCCACUAAACUGCACCAGUCUGGGAGAGUGCUAUUGGGAGACAAACCC